UUGAUUGUAUACACCUGUGUCCAUGGAGGGGAUUGGAACACCUGGAUCACAUGAUAUGGAGGGGAUUGGAACACCUGAAUCACAUGAUAUGGAGGGGAUUGGAACACCUGAAUCACAUGAUAUGGAGGGGAUUGGAACACCUGAAUCACAUGAUUGGGAGGGGAUUGGAACACCUGAAUCACAUGAUAUGGAGGGGAUUGGAACACCCAAAUCACAUGAUAUGGAGGGGAUUGGAACACCCGAAUCACAUGAUAUGGAGGGGAUUGGAACACCUGAAUCACAUGAUAUGGAGGGGAUUGGAACACCUGAAUCACAUGAUAUGGAGGGGAUUGGAACACCUGAAUCACAUGAUUUGGGGGGCGGGGACAAUACUUGGGGCAAUAUAGUGUAUGUUCAUAUA